AUGCGUAUCGGUGUACCAAAAGAGACCAAGGUUCAUGAAUAUCGAGUGGGGUUAUCACCUGCCAGCGUGGGUGAACUGAACGCUCAUGGGCAUGAAAUCUGGGUAGAGACAGAUGCCGGCACCUCGAUCGGUUUUGAUAACGAUCAUUAUCGUGCGGCAGGGGCAAAAAUUGUUGACAGGGCAGCCGCCUUCACAACAGAUAUGGUGGUGAAGGUUAAAGAACCUUCGCUGGCUGAGUGCGCGCAACUGCAGCGGGAUCAGAUUCUGUUUACCUAUCUGCAUCUCGCUGCAGCCCAGGCACAAGCCCACGCGCUGAUGGAUCGUGGCGUCACUGCGAUAGCUUACGAGACGGUCGAAGAUGCCGCUGGCCGCCUGCCGCUGUUAUCACCGAUGAGUGAGGUGGCUGGUCGGAUGUCAAUUCAGGUAGGCGCCUACGCUUUGCAGAAAGCUGCCGGUGGCCGAGGUACCCUGCUUGGUGGUGUGCCGGGUGUUGCGCCGGGGAAAGUGGUUAUUCUCGGCGGCGGCAUGGCCGGUACCAAUGCAGCGUAUAUGGCGGUCGGGAUGCACGCGGAUGUGACUAUUCUGGAUAAGUCUGUCGACCGAUUGCGUGCUUUGUCGACAGAGUUUGGCGGUCGCGCCAAAGUGUUGAUGGCCUCGCGGGAAAAUAUUGCACAAUGUGUACGCAGCGCAGAUCUGGUGGUUGGUGCGGUAUUGGUGCCCGGCGCAAGUGCGCCAAAGCUGGUGGAUCGGCUUUUGUUGAGUGAAAUGCUGCCGGGUUCUGUGCUGGUGGACAUCUCCAUUGACCAGGGGGGGACUUUUGAGUCCAGCCGUCCGACCUCACACGAUCAACCCACCUACAUUGACCAGGGUGUUGUGCAUUACUGUGUGACAAAUAUGCCCGGAGCCGUUGCGCGCACCGCGACAGAAGCCCUGAACAACGUCACCCUGCCUUAUGUCCUGGCCAUUGCGGAUAAAGGUUGGCGCGUUGCUCUGGCUGAUAUCCCUGGUUUUGCUAAAGGUCUGAAUGUCUCCGAGGGUCGCAUAUGUCAUCCGGAAGUUGCCAAAGCGCUGGGGAUCGAUAUGAAAGAGGUACCGGUAAGUACAUUACAUAACGAGUUUCCACCGGGGUCGGUGGAGGCGAAAGACAUGCAGCACAUGCUGCACCCCACCACAAACCUGAAGCUGCACGCGCAGAAGGGCCCGCUGGUGAACGAGCGUGCCCAAGGCGUUUACAUGUGGGACAACCAUGGCAAGCAGUACCUUGAAGGGAUGGCCGGUCUCUGGUGCACCGCGCUGGGAUACGGUAACGAAGAGCUUGCUGACGUUGCUGCCCAGCAGAUGAAAAAGAUGUCGUACUCACAGCUCUUCGCCGGUAAAACUAACGAGCCGUCUGUGUUGUUGGCGGAAAAGCUUGUCGCGAUGGCCCCAUUCGAUGCAUCAAAGGUUUUCUUCGGUCUUUCCGGCAGCGAUGCAAACGACACGCAGAUAAAGUUGAUGUGGUAUUACAACAACGCUCUGGGUCGGCCUGAAAAGAAAAAGAUCAUCAGUCGUACGCGCGGUUAUCACGGGGUAACCAUAGGCAGUGGUUCGCUCACAGGUCUGCCGGCUUUUCAUAAUGCUUUUGAUCUGCCGAUGCCUGGCGUUGUGCACACGGAUUGCCCGCAUUUUUACAGCGAAGGUCACCCAGGGGAAACUCAGACGCAGUUCGUUGAUCGAAUUGUUAACAACCUGGAAGAGCUGAUUUUAACCGAAGGCCCUGAGACCAUUGCUGCGUUUGUGGCUGAACCGAUUCUCGGUGCAGGCGGAGUGAUAGUGCCGCCUGCAGGUUAUUACCCGAAGGUUCAAGCCGUGCUUGAUAAGUACGAGAUUCUCUUCAUUGAUGACGAGGUUAUCUGCGGAUUUGGUCGUACCGGGCAAGCUUUUGGUGCGCAAACCAUGGACAUAAAACCUACUACCAUGAGUGUGGCAAAAGCGCUUUCUUCGGCUUAUCUGCCGAUCAGUGCGGUGCUGCUGCCGGAGUUCAUGUUUGACGCCUUUACACAGGUCUCAGAUGAACUUGGUGUGUUUGGGCAUGGCUUUACCUACUCCGGGCAUCCGGUCUGUGCUGCGGUCGCGUUGCGUAAUCUCGAGAUUAUGGAGGAGCGCGCCCUGUUUGCCCACGCCGCCGAUGUUGGCGCCGUUAUGCAGUCUCGAUUGCAGGAAUUUGCCGAUCACCCGCUGGUGGGAGAAGUGCGUGGUGAAGGUUUGAUUGCCGGCGUGGAAUUGGUCAAAGAAAAGCAGCCCCGGGUUCCGUUUCCGCUCAGCCAGGGCGUAGCAGCCUACUGUGCGGCAGCUUGUCAGGAAGCUGGUCUGAUUGUACGUAACAUUGGCGAUACUAUAGCUUUCUGUCCGCCGCUGAUUAUUACUGAGGCACAGAUUCAUGAAAUGGCGGAUAAGUUCACAGCUGGCCUGAACGAUACACUGGCCUGGGCGGAAGGCAUUGAGCUUAUUUUUGGCGUGCCUGGCGAAGAAAACGCCGACUUCAUGAUGUCGUUAGAAAAAUCUGAGACCAUACGCUUUGUGCUCACCCGCCAUGAGCAAGGCGCCGCCUUUAUGGCUGAAAUUUAUGGCCGUCUCACAGGUAAUCCGGCAGGGUGUCUCGGUACGCUCGGCCCGGGUGCGACUAAUCUGAUCACGGGUGUUGCCGAUGCCGAUAUGGAUCGCGCGCCCAUGCUGGUCCUGACCGGCCAGGGUUCUACAGAACGCCUGCACAAAGAGUCUCACCAGGUCAUGGAUGUGGUGGCGAUGUUUGAACCGGUGACCAAAUGGGCAACGUCCAUACUGCAUCCCAACACGAUCCCCGAGGUUGUGCGUAAAGCUGUGCGCCUGGCAAGAACUGAAAAACCGGGUGCUGUGCACAUCGAACUGGCUGAAGACCUUGCCAAGCAUGAGACGCCGGCAUUGCCCAUCGAGCCGCGGCGUUUCCGUCGUCCAGUGCCGGCAGAUAAGAUUGUUGACACUGCGUUUGACCUUCUGAAGAAAGCAAAAAAACCGGUGAUCAUUGCAGGCAAUGGCUGCAUUCGUCGGCGUGCCAGUAAACAGUUGCGGCAGUUUUGUGAAACGACCGGCAUAGGUGUCAUCAGCACGUUCAUGGCCAAAGGAGCCGUGGAUAUGGACAGUGAAUACUGUCUCUAUACCGUGGGUUUGGGCAGUAAAGACCGUAUGAAUCUGGUGCUUGAUGAGGCGGAUCUGGUACUGACCCUUGGUUUCGAUAUGGUGGAAUACCAUCCUCAGCUAUGGAAUCCCGGGCGCGACAAAAGUAUUGUUCAUGCGGAUUUUCUCCCGGCAGAAAUUGACGAGUACUAUCACCCUGAAGUGGAAGUUGUGGGUGAUCUUGCCCAUUUUCUGUGGAUGAUGAAUGAGCGCCUGCAAGCACACGGUCCUAUUCAAUUUGAUCUUGCCCACCAGCGCGAAGCGCGCGCGGCAAUGUCUGCUGAUCUUGCUGAAUAUGCACAAGAUACCCAGGUGGGUUCAAUCCGGCCGCAGAAAGCACUAUGGGAUUGUCGACAGGUGCUGGGACCGGAUGAUGUGUUGCUGUCUGACGUUGGUGCGCACAAAAUGUGGAUCGCGCGUCAUUAUCACUGCCAUGAGCCGAACACCUGUCUGAUUCCCAACGGAUUCUGUUCCAUGGGGUUUGCCCUUCCCGGCGCCAUAGCUGCUUCGUUGGUAUAUCCUGAGCGUAAGAUUCUUGGCAUUGCCGGCGAUGCGGGUUUCCUGAUGAAUGUGCAGGAAAUGGAAACCGCAAAGCGACUCAACUGCAAUCUGGUGAUGAUGGUGUGGGAAGAUCACGCCUAUGGUCUGAUUGCCUGGAAACAGGACAAUGAGUUCGGACGCCAUACGGACCUGAGCUUUGACAAUCCUGAAUGGAUGGGCUUGGCGCAGUGUUUCGGCUGGCACGGACAUCGUUGUGAGGACAGUGCGCAAUUGCAGGACACACUUGAAGCUGCGUUUGCAGAAUCGGGCCCGAGUCUUGUUGUGAUCCCCAUAGACUAUCGGGAAAACUCAUUGCUGACGCAUCAAAAAUGGAAGCUGCUGGGCGCGCUGUUGGUGCUGCUCGGGGUGUCCGUCUCAGCGGCUGAAGUGGUGAUCAGUGACGAUGGACGGCAGAUUCAAAUCAACGGCGACGGCACCUGGGUGCAGUUAUCCAAAGAUCGAUACGCAAUAAACGCAGCCGGUGAACGGAUUCGCCUGAAACCCGAUGGCACCUGGAGUUUGCUGGGCGAUGCUAUACCUGAGGAUGCCCGAGGGGCGGUUGCUUUAACGCCCAUCAGUGCUGCGCUCGAAAGCACAUUGUUUUUAUCUAAAGUUGAAAUUCUCAAACGCCGUAUAGAGCGGGCCAAAUCCACGCAUGCGGAGGUGCGCACCGUCUACUACCUGCAGGUGGUCAAUGACAGUCCCGCGGACAUUAGUCUGGAUAACUCGUUGUCCGCCAAGCUCUUACCGGGUAGCUCUUCCGGUGCAGAGUUUGACGUUAUCUCAGUCAGUUUUCCGACCGGCCUGAUAAAACCCGGUGAACGCGAAACGAUCGAGGUUGUUGCCGAUGGUGCACCGCGCUGGUUCGGUGUUAAGGCGAUGACCCUGGAAGUAGCCGCUGGUGCAUUAGAUAUGGCCAUUCUUAACAGCUCCAUCGACACCCGUAGUGAUGCGUUUGCCCUGAACGACGCGCAUAACCGCAAGUUGCGUGGUGAACUGCGGGCACUGGUUGCACAGAUCUCUCUGGGCGGUGAUGAAAGAUCUCGAUCACGACAUCAAAGCCGCGGCAAGCUGCUCCCCAGAGAACGUAUAGAUCGCUUGUUAGAUCCGGGGGCUGCCUUUCUCGAGGUUGGCCAACUUGCCGGCUACGAACUGUAUGACGAUAACAUUCCCAGUGGCGGCAUCAUCACCGGUGUGGGUUGUGUGGCUGGCCAGCCCUGUAUGAUUGUUGCUAAUGAUGCCACCGUUAAAGGCGGCACCUAUUAUCCCAUCACGGUAAAGAAACACCUGCGUGCCCAGGAAAUUGCAAUGGAGAAUUCGCUGCCAUGUAUUUACCUGGUGGAUUCAGGUGGGGCUUUUCUGCCCCUGCAGGCGGAUGUCUUCCCAGACAAAGAUCACUUUGGUCGGAUUUUCUAUAAUCAGGCCAACAUGUCUGCACGGGGCAUACCGCAAAUUGCCGUCGUUAUGGGCUCGUGUACCGCCGGCGGCGCUUAUGUGCCAGCCAUGUGUGAUCAGGCGAUCAUCGUCAAAGAUCAGGGCACCAUAUUCCUGGGAGGGCCGCCCCUGGUUAAAGCCGCCACCGGAGAAGUGGUUGAUGCUGAAACGUUGGGGGGUGGUGAAGUCCACAGCCGCACCUCUGGCGUAGUGGAUUAUCUGGCGGAUAACGAUGAACACGCGCUGCUCCUGGCCCGUGAAGCAGUUGCCCACAGUCACCAGCAAUUUGGCUCCAGUGUAACCACUCAGCAGGUUCGAGCGCCGCGUUAUGCGGCAGAAGAGUUAUAUGGCGUGAUGCCCACAGAUACGCGCACACCGUUUGAUGUGCGUGAGGUUAUUGCGCGCCUGGUAGAUGAUUCAGAAUUCCACGAAUUUAAAAAGUUGUAUGGAGAAACGCUGAUUUGCGGGUUUGCCCAUGUUCAGGGUAUGCCGAUUGCGAUAGUUGCUAACAACGGUAUUCUUUUUUCGCAAAGUGCGGUGAAAGGUGCUCACUUUAUCCAGCUGGCAGACCGCCGUGGUAUACCGUUGCUGUUUCUACAGAACAUCACCGGCUUUAUGGUCGGGCAAAAAUAUGAACACCAGGGCAUUGCCAAAGACGGCGCAAAAAUGGUCACCGCCGUGGCGUGUGCCAAGGUGCCUAAGUUUACGGUGGUCAUUGGUGGGUCGUUUGGGGCCGGUAACUAUGCCAUGUGCGGGCGUGCGUAUGGCGCGCGUAUGCUGUGGACCUGGCCAAAUGCGAGAAUUUCCGUGAUGGGCGGCGAGCAGGCUGCACAUGUUCUGGCCACUGUCCGGCAGGAUGGCCUGGAUGCUCGCGGUGACACCUGGGCGGAUGCAGAUAAACAGUCGUUUAUGCAGGGUAUCCGUGACGCCUAUGAUGCAGAGGGGCACCCUUUCUACGCGUCCGCCCGACUUUGGGAUGAUGGUGUUAUCGACCCGGCGGAUACCCGCCAGGUUCUGGCAUUAGCGUUACAGAUUGCAACCCAGCAGUCGCAUCAACCGCAGUCAGACUUCGGCAUCUUCAGGCGUCUUGGUAUCCGCACGGUUGCCGUCUAUUCACAAGCGGAUGCACAGGCACUGCACGUGCGCAGUGCUGACAGCGCUAUCUGUAUUGGUCCUGCAAGUGCUGCGGAAAGUUAUCUGAAUGUUGAAGCAGUGCUUGACGCCGCGCGGCAGAGCAAUGCGGAUGCGAUCCAUCCCGGUUACGGUUUUCUGUCGGAAAAUGCGGAGUUUGCGCUGGCUUGUGAGCAUGCGGGGAUCAUCUUCGUUGGCCCGCCUGCAGAAGCGAUUAGAACCAUGGGUUCAAAAACCGCUGCGAAACAGCUGAUGCAAUCUGCGGGGAUCCCGAUACUGCCUGGUUAUCAUGGAGACGAACAGGAUGCAGACUUUCUUGCAGCCCAGGCUGCUGAAAUUGGUUACCCGCUGCUGAUCAAAGCUUCCGCCGGCGGCGGCGGCAAAGGUAUGCGCCUGGUCACACAGGCAUCAGAAUUUGCUGAUCAACUGGCGGGUGCUAAACGAGAAGCCAAGGCUGCAUUUGGUGACGAUGUUGUGCUGCUUGAACGUUAUCUUACGGCGCCAAAACACAUUGAAGUCCAGCUUAUGGCAGAUCAGCAUGGUGACGUUGUGCAUCUGUUGGAACGGGACUGUUCGGUACAACGGCGUCACCAGAAAGUGGUUGAAGAAGCACCCGGGCCUACGGUGUCACCGCAAUUACGCAACCGUCUGGGUCAAACGGCUGUUAUGGUUGCUAAACAGGUAGGUUAUGUGGGCGCCGGGACGGUGGAAUUCAUCGCGGAGGGUGACGAAUUCUAUUUCAUGGAAAUGAACACCCGUCUUCAGGUUGAACAUCCGGUAACUGAGGCGAUUACCGGAUUAGACCUGGUGGAGAUGCAGCUUAAUGUUGCUGCGGGUAAACCUCUGGGAAUGAAUCAAUCUGACGUUAAGCUUGAUGGUCAUGCCAUAGAGGUGCGGUUGUACGCUGAGAAUCCGGCCAAACACUUUUUACCUUCCACCGGCAAGCUGGUGAGGUUUGAAACACCCCGCUCCAUUCGGGUUGAUACAGGCGUGCAGGCAGGCGAUAGCGUCAGCCCGCACUACGACCCGAUGCUGGCGAAGCUGAUCGUUCAUGCGCCCCAUCGUGACGCGGCCAUAGACCAGUUGGUAAGCGCCUUGCGUCAAUGCAGGAUUGCAGGGAUAGAUCAUAACCUGGGCUAUCUGGUUGGUAUGUUAAACCACCCACUGUUUAAAUCAGGGGCGUAUACGACGGGAAUCGCUGACGCCAUUCAUGGUGAAGUAGUGCCUGAUUGUAAGAAUGAGUUUGCAGCCUCUGCCGGUGAGUUUGUAUUAGCUGGCGGCUCUGAGCAUAAACCGUUCACAACAGGUCUGCCCUGGACGGGUAGUGGAUUCCGCCUGAAUCAGGAUGCGGUGCGCAAAGUUGUGCUUCGACAGGGUAAGUUGGAAUACCUGAUUAACAAAGGUCUGGACACGACCCUGGUGAAUGGUGAGGCAGUUGUCCGGAUGAACCCACAACUGACAGAAGUCCUGGCUGAUGGCGAUUUUCUGUAUGUCAUGGCUGAUGGCCAUACGGAAAAAUAUAUCGACCUCACAGAUGAUAUGAGUCGUUAUCAGAAUCAGACCCUGACAGCGGCUGGAAUUGUUGCUCCGAUGCCUGGUGCGGUGAUCGCGGUGAACGUGAAGGUGGGCGAGCGCGUGAAAGUCAACGAUGUGGUGGUGGUGGUUGAAGCCAUGAAAAUGGAACACGGUAUCCGUGCGACAAAAAACGGCGUUGUCAGAAGUGUGAUGUGCGCGGUUGGCGAUCGCGUUGAGGAAGGCCUGGAACUGGUUGAUAUCCACAGCUUACCUGAUUUUGACUUCGGUCAUGGUGAAACCAUUAAUCUCCUGCGCGACAGCGUUGCCCAGUUUGCCGCCAAAGAGAUCACACCCCGCGCCCAGGAAAUAGAUCAACAGAAUCUGUUUCCACGUGACCUGUGGGGCAAGCUAGGCGAGCUUGGGGUUAUGGGUAUGACCAUUGAGGAGCAGUACGGAGGCGUGAACCUCGGCUAUCUCGCUCAUACCGUGGUGAUGGAAGAAAUCAGCCGGGCCUCUGCAUCGGUUGGUCUGUCUUAUGGCGCCCAUUCGAAUCUCUGUGCCAACCAGAUUCGCCGGUUUGGCAAUGACGAACAAAAACAGAAAUAUCUCCCCGGGCUUGUGUCGGGCCAGUAUCUGGGCGCGCUGGCCAUGAGUGAGCCGGGCGCGGGUUCGGAUGUGGUGGGCAUGUCGCUGCGCGCCCGCGAAGAUGGCGAUAACUAUGUUUUGAACGGCAACAAAAUGUGGAUAACCAAUGGCCCCGGUGCGGAUGUCCUUGUGGUUUAUGCCACCAUCGAUCCAGCCCUUGGUUCUAAAGGCAUUACCGCGUUCCUGGUUGAAAAGGACCUGGCAGGGUUCAGUACGGGAGUGAAGCUGGAUAAAUUAGGCAUGCGCGGUUCUGACACGGCAGAACUGAUUUUUGAAGACUGCCGUGUGCCGAAGACACAGAUUCUGGGUCAGGUUGGUAAAGGUGUGCAGAUUCUCAUGAGCGGGCUGGACUAUGAGCGCGUCGUGCUUGCUGGCGGCCCCCUGGGCAUCAUGCGCAGCGCGCUGGAUGUGGUGAUGCCUUAUCUGCAUGAACGCAGCCAGUUUGGUCAGGCGAUUGGACAGUUCCAACUGAUGCAGGGCAAAGUGGCAGAUAUGUAUACCGAAAUGAACGCGGCGAGAGCUUAUGUCUAUGCGGUGGCUCAGGCCUGUGAUGCGGGCCGUACGACACGGUUUGAUGCGGCGGGAUGUAUUCUGUUUGCUGCAGAAAAGGCGACACAGAUAGCGCUCCAGGCAAUUCAAUGUCUGGGCGGCAAUGGUUACAUCAAUGACUAUUCCACGGGGCGGUUGCUCAGGGAUGCUAAGCUUUACGAAAUCGGCGCGGGUACCAGCGAAAUCCGACGUAUGCUGAUUGGUCGCGAGUUGUUCGACGCCACUGCCGUCUAG